AUGGCUUCAGAGAACAAGAAUUAUGACGUCGAGGGCGAGAUCGCCGUCUUCUUCUCCAAGACGUCGGUGCGCCGCGAGACGUGCGACGCAUUGGCCAGGGAGCUCGUCGGCAGCGACCAGGUCGUCCCCGUCCCGGUGCAAGGGGGUGUCUGCUCGUAUACGGUCUACGCCGGAGAGGGCCUCGGCCAGGUCGUCCAGUUCCGCCUCAAGUCUCGCGAGGUCAAGACCGAGACCGUCCGUCUCGCGCGACAGGUCUUCGGCGCCUUCGUGCCCGACGUGUCGUUCAGGCAGGCGCUCGGCGACGACGAGUCAACGGCGACUGGCAAAGAGCCGCUGCUCGUCUAUGUCAUGCCGCGCGUCCAACAAGGCCUGGCGCAUGAAUCUGGUCUAGGAUGCCGCAAGGAGGUGGACCAGUCCUACCGCGACCGCACGGCUGAGACGUUUGAGACGGAUCUGCAGGCCUUGCUCGUCAGCCUGCCCGACCGGUUUCACUCGGUAAUCCGCAACACGCUGGCGUCCCUGCCCAGCAUCUUGUCCCUCCCCAUGGUCCUCCUAGACAUGGAUUUUGGCGGAUGCAAAAUCAUGGUGGAGGAAGAGUCGUGCCAUUUGGUUGGCGUCGUUGAUUGGGCCGAGGCGGAGAUUGGCCCGUUUGGUACAAACCUCGAAAUGGUGCAAAGUCUGAUGAGCAAACUGCACUUGAAGAACGGCUGGAUCAGGUACGAGGACUACGAUGACCUGACGCGCUCGUUCUGGGAAACAUUGGGCGACGAGAUUGGCGGACUAAGCGACGACACCAGCAAGGCUAUCAAGGCGGCCAGGGUCUUGGGGCUGCUACGAUCUCGGGGCUUCACCAACAGGCUCGCAAACAUGCCGAAGCCGGUACCGAUCAAGGACGAUGACAGCGGGAGGUACAACGUGAUGAUUCUUGACGGGCUGCUCUUGAACCCAGCUACCCGAUUUGAGGGGCCGUGA